AUGGCAGCACCGCCAGCCCAAACCCUCACCGAGGACGACAUCUACCGUACAUCUACUCAGUUCCGACUUUGGUCUUUCAGCGAGUCCGCUCUUCUAUCUCUCCGUCAAAACACCCAUGAGGCCGCCGUCCAACAAGCUCGAACAUACCUGCCCGAAUCUUCUCUGGCCUCCCUGCCUUCAGCACAGGAUGAGCUUCGUCUAGUACAGCGCUACUGCGACCAAGUACGCAACACAUCCGACUUCUUUGGAUGGUCAGUCAACGUCAAAGCCACCGCCGUCCAAUACCUUAAGCGCUUCUACACCACAAAUUCUGUCAUCACAUACCCGCCCAAGGAAAUCUACAAGAGUGUUUUGUUCCUGGCGAGCAAGACUGAAGGUGUACACAUGACUCUUUCCGAAUACGCCAGACGCAUAAAGACAGAUCCAAAAGACGUCCUGGCUCCAGAGUACAAAAUAAUACAAGCCUUGCGCUUUACUCUGGAUGUACGGCAACCGUUUCGCGCGCUCAAAGGCUGUCUUAUGGAUCUCUUGAACCUGGCAGCUGGUAAUGGCGCACCCCUUCCUUUCCUCACCACAACCCCCGAACAACUGCAACAGCAAAUGUGUUCUUUACCACCACCACCCCAAGGCUCAAGGACACAAUGGCAACCUCCGCAACACAUAGGUGCCAAGGAAGCUUCAGACAGAGCACACUGCGCUUACGCCGUCGCCCGCCAUAUCCUCGAUGCACCUGCUCUGCUCACAGACGUUUAUUUCCUCUUCACCCCUCCCCAAAUCUAUCUCGCAGCACUAAAGCUCAGUGAUCCUGUAUUGUUCACGUUUUACCUCAGCACAAAAAUUCCCGCCACAGCUGCUGCCCACGACAUCAUCAUCUCUACAAUCGCACAAUGCGCAGACAUGCUAGCGAGUUUCGACCCCAAAGCCGUGAUGAGCAAAGACGAACGAGCAAGUCUAGAAGCCGCGUUGGAGCAAGUGAGAGAUCCCAGUACCAGGGAUUUGGUGGGGAAACAUGAGGAGGCUAAGAGAGGUGGAUUGGGCGUGGGACAAGUGGACGAGCAAAAAGCUGAGAGGAAGAAAUUGGCUAGAGAGAAGAGUUUUAGAGAGGGUGAGGAUUUGUUUGGUCCCGCUUUGGUUGUGCAGCAGAAGGGAUGA